AUGGUGCCCUUUGAGAUCAACGCCCCUGUGUGCCGCCAUCCUUCCCCACGGGGUCAGCGUGGAUGGUGCCCUUCGAGGUCAACACCCCUGUGUGGGGCGACUGUGCAUUCGCCGUGCAUCAGUGGACAGGUAGCAUUUGGGAAGGUAGCUCGUGGGGAGGUAGCACGUGAGGAGGUAGCAUGUGGGGAGGUAGCAUGUGGAGAGGUAGCACAUGGGGAGGUAGCACGUGGGGAGAUACCACGCAACAGCAGCAGGGACGAGAGCGAGCCCGUGUUUGUCUUCGCUUUCCACUCGGCUUUCCUACGCAUCGGCCUCACUCGAAUAACCCUUCACGAGAAUGGGCUCGUACACCCUCCUCUUCCCAUCUCUAUCCCCUCCACCCUUCUCCCCUUUUUCUACCACCCCAUCUGCUCGACUGUGCGUAUGGGGGAGGCAAUUACCCGCCGAUUUCCCCUCUUAGUACCCAACCAGCUCAGCUCCUCCUCUACUGCUUCACUUUUCCUCCCCUCCGUUCACCCCCUUUUCUACCACCCCAGCAGCUCGACUCUUGACUGUGCAUACGGGGGGGACAUCCAAGUACCGGCCGAUUUCUUCAUCGACGUGCUGAUAGAUAUGCCGCAGCCACGUGGCGGCGUGACAUUGGCCGACGCCAACCCCGACGGCGCGCCAGCUGGCACGAUGCUGACGUGGCAGCAGCUUCUGGCGGCGUACCGGGAUAACUUUGUGGAAGCUUCCAGGAAGCAGUGGAUGGCUCAAGAGAGGGAAGAGACGAGGCUGGGGAGAGCUGAGGCAGAGGGGAGUGAGCGGGAGGGAGAGGAAGGAGUGAACGGGAGAGGCAGCAGCACGUUCACAUCGGAUCAGCAAGAGCAUUUCAAACGGGAGAUUUCUCAAAGUGCUCUUGCAACGGAGGCAGUAGACGGGAGGGGCAGGGUGCCUCCGUUGCAAGAGCAACAGAGGGACCGGAGGGAUGCAGUGGGGGAUGGGGUGGGGGAUGAGAGGAGGAGCCUGGCUCGCAGCCUGGUGACAGAGGUGCAAGCCCACCCUCUCCUGCGCCACACAGGGCAAGCAAGCCACCCGGGCAUGCUGUGUGUGCUGUCCAUGCCGCCCGGUGUGGCAUCCAUGCCGCCCGGAACAGCGUUCAUGUCGCCUGAAGUGAUGUCCUCUCGAUACGAGUUCCCUCCCACUCCCACAACGCCUCACAUGCCGCCCUCCCCCCACUCGCCCCUUCCCCACUCACCCCUCCCCCAACUUGCAUCCCUUUCCGAAGAUUUCAGCCUCUCCCAUUCCUCCUCUGCUGCUCCUCUCUCCUCCGCAAGCCAGCCGUCACAGGAGCUCGACUCUCUAGCUGAUCUCCUCAUUCGCAUGUCUCUGUCUACAGGCUCGCGCCAUAGCAUGGGCGGUGGGGCCUUGAAAGGGGUUGACAGGCAUAGCAUGGGGCCUGGGGGGUCAAGGGGGGGCGAACGGCAUAGCGUGGCGGGUGGGGGGUUAAAGGGGGGCGACAGGCACAGCAAGGAAAGGAUGGGGCAGGAAGGGAGUAUAGGGGGGAAGGGGACCAUGGGGUUUGCGGGGGGGAUGAGGUGGGAGGGGAGCAUGGGGGGUGCGGAGGGGAUGGGGGAAGAGAGGCAGAGCAUGGGGAAUUGGGGAGUGGAUGUGAGCGCUAUAGGUGGGGAGGGGAGUGUGGGGAGCACGGAUGGUAUGGGAGGGGAUUGGGAGGGCAUGGGUAGUGGGGAUGCAAUGGGGGGAAAGUGGGAAGGCAAGGGCAUGGGUAGUGAGGAUAUGAGGGUAGUGAGGGAGGUGAGAGAAGCAGGAGGAGAGUGGAGAGCAGGGGCGGGUGAAGCAAAAGGGGAUCACUUGAGAGCAAGUGCCACUCCCUCAGGCAAGCUUGCUGCGCCUGUGAUGGGGGGAAAGCAGGGAGAAGGGGAAGGGGGGAGGGUGGAGGGGGAAGGGGACCUUUUCCCCCCUGCCCGCCCCUUGCACUAUGACAUGAGACGAGCCAUCCGGGUGCUUUUUCAGGUAAAAGCAACAAAAUCAGGUGGAAAGUCGAAGACAGGAGGAGGGGUGCAAGGAGAAGGGGGAGGACAGGGGGGGAGGAAGGGACUAGGGAAAGAUGAGUUACAAGUGGUUGGUUUGGCUCGCGCUAACAACGUAGCCAUCAUGCUCACUCAAUUCCGCAUGCCCGAUAAUCAAAUCCGAGAUCUGAUCCUCGCAGGAGAUCCUAAGCACGUGCUGCCACCUGACCGCCUGGGCCUGCUGCUUCAGGUGAUUCCAACAGAGGAGGCGGCGAGGGUCAGAGCAGUCUCAGGUGCUGCUUCAGGUGCCAUGUGUGCACCUGAGCGCUUCCUUUGGUCCAUAUCCCUGAUCCCAAGAAUGAGGAGGAAAAUCGAGGCGCUAAUGUUUGUGCGGCAUUUUCACACCAUAGUCAAUGAUGCCCGGGCAGUCAUAAAAGUUUUUUGUCCUGCAGCCCGAGCGAUUCGCAGCAGCAAGAUUUUCCGGGCAGCGCUUGCAGCGGCGCUUGAAGUGGGGAACGAGCUCAACCGAGGCAGAGCAAGGGGUUCAGCCCGCGGGUUCUCUCUGGAUUCCCUCGCCCGCCUGUCAGAGGUGCGAGUCACUCCUCCAUCCCACCAUGCCAAGGGCCUCGACACACUGUUAACCGCCUCCCAGGUGGCUUCUGAGUCGACGCAGAAGUCAAACUCCUCCCAGAUUCUGCCUCCUGGCUCUCGAUUCUCGCGCACACAGUCCUUCCCUGUCACUCGUGCCAAUGCCCCCUCAUCCACCUCCUCCUCCUUGUCCUCGUCCUCCCCAUCCCCUUCCCCGUUUUCCUCCUCUUCCUCCUCCUCUGCUCGUCCCUCCUCCCCGUUCCCCACAUCCUCAACCCUCGCUGCCACCACACCUGCAGCCUCCCCUUUCCCUUCCCACCCUUCCCACCCUUCUCAUCCCUCGCCCCUGAUCGCCGGUGCAACAACGCUCCUCGACGUGGUGGUGAUUAUAACGAGGGGAAGCAACUCAACCAGCGCAGAGGGGGGAGAGGAGGGAGCAGGGGAAUUGGGGAGCAGCCUUGUGGGCAGUGCAGUCAGAAACAAGGGAGGAGAGGGGGGAGCAGGGAGGCGAGGGAAGCUGACAGUAGAGCUGGCAGCAGUGGGGGAGGCUGUUAGGAUGUCCCAGGCUGAGGUGGCGGAUGCCACGUGA